UUCCGAGUUCCAAAAAUGACAGAGGGUCGCAUCAAAAUGAAACAAAAUUUUACCAGCUAUGUGAAUCAAAUCGCUGAUGAAAAUUUUAUCAACAAUGACUACAAACCAAAGUUGUUGUCAGGUGAAAUUGAGGCCGCUCGGGCUAACAACGUGUGUAUGUACAUUUCAUCGUUUGUAAAAGAUGGAAAAGUAUUUGGUGAAAGAAUUGGCAUCUUAUUGAUCACUAACUUUAGGUUAUCAUUUGUGUCAUUGGAUAUGGAUGGUGAACAGCUGCCGUUCCAGAGCAAUCGAUUCCUUGGUUCAUCUGAUGUAUCGCUAUCCAACAUUGAUCGAAUAUACCAGAUAAUUGAUAAAAAGAAAAGAGUUAUUAGCCCACAGUUGAAAAAUAGCAGCAAAAUUGAUAAGAUUCGUAUCGUCUGCAAAAAUUUUAAAACCUUCACAUUUGGGUUUCAACUAUCAGAGAGAGGAAAAGGCAAAUAUAUUGCCGAUGCUUUGGUAAAGUUCGCCUUCCCAGCGCGACAUAAUCUGUUAUUUUUAUACCAAUUCAAGGACCUGCUCGACGGUAGCACCUCUAACGAGAGUGUUAAAAUGUAUGAUAAAAAAACCGAUUGGUUCCAAGAGCUAGAACGUUGCAAUGCAGCUGGGAGUUGGCGCGUGUAUUCUAAAGAUUGCAGGAUCUCCCACAGCUCUUUACCAAUGCAUUUUGUUGUCCCGAAACAUCUAAGUGACAUCGAUUAUGAUAAUAUAUCAAAAAGUUUUCGCAACAAUCGUUCCGCCAUUUGGGUAUGGGGUCAUAAAGAUGCUGCGCUGAUUCGCUUAGCAGAGCUUAACCCGGAUGUUACUAACACUACUGUUGAAAAUAUUUUGCUAGAAAUUGUUCGCAGUUGUCAUCCACGAAAAAGGGAACCUAGAUUGUUGGAGUUGUAUAAAAUUUUACCAAGCAUACAGGAUGUUAAUCUAAGUUACAUUAAACUACGGGAUCUUUGUACUCCCGACAAUGACCAACAAUUUAUGGCUCAAGAUGCUCGUUUUUAUUCGAUGCUAGAGAAAAGUUACUGGCUUUUGUAUGUAUCGCUCUGUUUAAAACACUCGGAUAUGGCAGCCAAACUAUUGCGUAAAGGACAAACUGUGGUUCUUCAAGAAAUCAAUGGUCGUGAUAUGUGCUGUGUUAUAUCGAGCUUGGUGCAAUUGCUGUUGGAUAGUAGCUAUCGUACAAUACGGGGCUUUCAAAAUCUCAUUCAAAAAGAGUGGAUUAUUCUCGGACAUCCCUUCAGCGACCGCUUGGGCCACGUUACAACAGUCAAGUCAACAGAACGUAGUCCCCUAUUUCUGCUAUUUCUUGAUUGUGUGUGGCAGCUGCUGCAGCAGUUUCCCGAGUCGUUUGAGUUUUCAGAUGUAUUCCUCACCACUCUGUGGGACUCGUCGUUUCUUCCAAUUUUUGACACAUUUCAGUUUAACUCUGAAACCGAUCGUUAUAAAGCACUGCGUGCCGAUCACGUUGUAUUACGUCCAGUCUGGGACUGGCAACAACAAUUAGAAGACAAAGAUGUCGCAUUGUUUGCAAAUCCGACGUAUCGAAGAAAGACAACCCAAACGACAACAGUAAACAGUAAUGCUAGUCGAUGUUCAACUUCGCAAAAUACUGUUACAAAUAUGCUGUUCAAUGCACGCAGGACAGAUGAAACGAAUGGACAUUCUGGGAUCAAUGGAGGCGCGAGUGAAAUGCAAUUAUUGCAGCAGGACAUGCUGGAGUUUUUGGAACCGCAAUACUGUUUACGAGACAUUGAGUUAUGGCAGCAGUGCUAUUUUCGAUGGAUGCCGCAUCUUGAGAUAAAAAACGGUGGAAUUGCACAGUGCGAUCUACUGAAUCGUAUUUUGUCGAAUAACAUCGUCAAACUUUAUAAAGAUCUUGGCAAAACGACAUCACCAGAAAAUGGCAAUGAUAAAAUGGACGCACUGGAGCAAAUAUUGUCGACGACGAUGGUCCAGACGCGUGAUCCUGAUGUAGCGUCAGAAGCAUCGUGGGCUAUUAGUUCUUUCUUUCCAUUUUCUAGCAUUUUGCCCAGUGCACAGCCCAUAUGCUCACCAUUGCUUACUGGAAGCAACAAUAUACAUUUUUCACAUGAUUCUAUGUAUGACACAUGUUCGUUAAACGACUGA